AAUCUAGAUCUAGUUUUAGAAUUUAGAUGGCACUACGACGGACUACGUGACUACUACUAGACUCUAGUCACUACUAAGACUAGCUGCUGACUAGCAUCACAAUGAAAUGUGACAAUCAAUGAUCAUCAUCAUGAAUCAAUCAAUGAAUUAUUGUUUGUAUUAUUAUAUGAUUAUGAAUCAUUCACAACAAUGAUGAAUGAUUUCAAUGAUCUAUCUGAAUCUAUGGUUUAAAAUUUUUUAAGAACAAUGGAUUAGUCAAUACAUUAAAUGAAUGCCUGAUCUGCACUAUUAUUUAAACAUCAAAAAACAUGGUUAGAAUUAGAAGAUCAAAUUUGAUCUUUGCCUUGAUUGCCUUUAGCAUAGUGUUUUGGUUUCUCUUGUAUUGGAACUUUUCUUCCAUUUAUGCCCACCAAAAAGGCCUGCGAUUGAAAUCCAAGUUCAAUAGUGAUGAAUUUCAGGCCAGAGAACAGAAUGUCGAUAAUGAAAUUGAGAUAUACAGUGAAUUAUAUCUUGAGAAUCUGGCUGAAGUGAAAACAGCAGAUGACCAAAGGCAAUAUGAUGCAGGUUAUCAUAGUCAUUCUUUCAACCAAAUGUUAAGUGACAAACUUAGUUAUACAAGACCUCUUCCUGACUAUAGAAACAAAAGAUGCAAAGAUCAACAUUAUUCUAGCAGUCUUCCGCACACAAGUGUUAUUAUUUGUUUCUACAAUGAAGCCUUGUCAACAUUACUACGCACAAUGCACAGCGUAUUGGCAAGAUCCCCUGUGGAAUUAAUUCAUGAAAUUAUACUCGUUGAUGACUUUAGUGACUUUGAUUAUCUAAAAUCAGAUUUGGAAAACUACAUUAAGAGUUAUUCUAAAGUGAAAUUAUUUCACACUCCAGAUCGUCUUGGUCUCAUACGAGCUCGUAUGUUUGGAGCCAAGCAGGCAACUGGCUCAGUGUUAUUAUUUCUAGACAGUCAUUGUGAAGUAAAUAUUGGAUGGCUGGAACCUUUGUUAGAUGUUGUUAACAAUGACCCUCACACAGUUGCUGUACCAAUUAUAGACAUGAUCAAUCCUGACAAGUUCUUCUAUGAAGCCUCAGACUUGGUGCGUGGAGGAUUUAAUUGGGGCAUGCAUUAUCAAUGGGAUCCUUUACCUUCCAAUUUAGUGAAAGAUUUAUUUGAAAAGCCAGAACCAUACCAAACUCCCACCAUGGCUGGUGGAUUGUUUGCUAUAGACAGAGAAUAUUUUUAUCAUCUUGGAGAAUAUGACAGUGGAAUGGAAGUGUGGGGAGGAGAAAAUUUAGAAAUGUCUUUCAGGAUAUGGAUGUGUGGAGGGCGUUUGGUGAUUGCUCCUUGUUCUCGAGUUGGGCACAUUUUUAGAAAGCGAAGACCAUAUGGCUCUCCUUCUCAGGACAGCUUUACAAAAAACAAUCUUCGAGUGGUACAUGUUUGGUUAGAUGACUAUAAAAGAUAUUAUUUUCACAUUAAUCCUAGAGCAGAAGACAUGGAGUUUGGGAAUAUUACUGGUAGACUUCAGUUGCGUAAGAACCUGAACUGCAAGUCGUUUCAUUGGUAUUUAGAAAAUAUAUAUCCUGAACAAUUAAGUAAAUUACCAGACUUAAAUCAUUCCUACCAUGGCCAGCAGAAUGGACCUAAUGACCCCAUUGCUUCAAAAGUUAUUGUUCGAGCUCGAGGUUUGUUGAAGCAUGCCAGCUCAGGCCUGUGCCUGCAAUCUGAAAAGACAGUCUAUGAUAAACGUGCUUUAAUUCAAUUAGCUGUAUGUAAACCAGGAGAUAAAAAUCAGUUAUGGUUUGAAUCUGAGCAGAAAGAUUUGCGCCUGGCUAACUUGUUAUGUUUAGAUGUAAAUGCAGAUGAAGGUCCCUAUGCAAGGCUCAUGAAGUGUAAAGGUUCUAAUCAACAGACCUGGAUCUGGUCAAAAAUGGGAUACAAAAGUCAGUUGGUCAAUUAUGGAACUUCAGAAUGUUUGUUUGCAGAAAAUGUAGAACCUGGAGCUCUUCUUACAACAAAAUCAUGCAGUGACAGUCCUUUUAUGUUAUUCAGUCUUGUCAUGUAAAUAUAAUAUGCCUAACAAAAAAAUGUGAAGUACUAAAAGUGUAAAGCACUAGUAGAUCUGCAGUGUACUAAAAAGCGUGGCCAUAAUAUUUAUUUGUCAAUUGAUAAAUUACACUUUCAGUUUAGACCAACUUUUAACAUUCCAUUCCAUCAUUUAUUUUUGGUGAACUGGUUUCAGCAUUAUUGCCACAAUGUGUAGUUGUAAUGAAUUGUUUUUGCUUUUAUUGGUUUUAAAACAUAAUUUGAAUAUAAAUGGUCUUUUUUUAAAAAUCAAAUUGUAUGUACAUAAUAACUAAAUAUUGAUCAGGUUGUUAUUACUGUGUGAUAUUUAACUUUUAAUUAUGCUGCAUUUAUGCUACAAGUACUCAGUAUCAGUAUCUGAUACACUUGCAGUUGUUGUUUUUUUUUCUUUUACAAUGUUCUUUACCUAUUUCUUGAAUUUUUUUUUUUUUUUUUUGGAUAAUGAAUAAAAUUCUUACCUUGAAUAAUGUAUGUAAAUAUAUAUUAUAUGCUAAAAAUGUAUUUAAUACCUUGUAUUAAUAUGGAUAAAGCUCAACACUUAAGUUAGUUUUGUUGUUGUUGUUGAGGUUUUCGAUUAUGAAAACUAGGGGUGCACCGGAUAGUACUUUUUGAUAUCCGGCCGGGGCCGGAUAUGACCGGAUAGUAAAAUUUGAUAUUCGGCCGGGGCCGGAUACCUAAGUGUCUUGUUAAUAGCUUGUGUUGCGGAACAUUUUACGAAAACUGUUAAAUAACAUACCUAUAUUGGUUGGUUUUAUUUUUUUCCCUUUUAUAUACCUUAUUGUUUUAAACUCUGUUACUGAUUGAUUUAUUCAAACUUAACAGUAUUUCUAAAAAUCUGUAUAGCAUGAUUGUGUCUGUGUGUAUGUACGAUGCCACCAACUGUAAAGGAUGUGUGUAGGAAGGUCAAUGUAAAUAAUGUUAGUAUAUAUUUAACUAGUUACUAAUGUAAAUCUCAUAAGUAAAGUGCAAUCUGCCUUGUACAGUGGUCGUAUGUAUGUGUUCAUGAAUUUCAGACCAACAACCUGGUCAGAUAUACCUAGUGAGCCUACACAUGUAGUCCUAGUGUAGUGUGUAUAGUUGUUUGUGUUAACCAUCAAGCAUUGUUUUUUUUCCUUGAGCAUACGCACGCAAUAAAUUUGGGUGUCAGUCAAAAAAGAUAACACAUUGGCAUGGUCAGUCAAGCCUAUAGAUAAAUUAUACCUGUCCACUAGUUAGAGGUCAAGGUUGUUUUUUUUACGCUCCAGCAUAUUGUUUCUUUGUUUGCUAGAUCUAACUGCGGUACUAUCAUCAAUUUAUUUUAUGCGGUUUUAAAAUUUACUGUAAGUUUUUCCGUUAUUUAUUAAGUCAAAAGAAUUAAACAAUGAAAUUAGUUUUCUUUCUAAAGAUUUUAAUACAAGGCAAAAAAAUACACACACGCAAACAUGCACAUCUUUGUUUUAUUUUAUUGUGCAAAGAACGUACGUAAGAAAUAUUAAAUGCAAAGAACGUAUGUUAGAAACAUCUUCCUUAAUUAAUACUUAUUAAUUAUUUUAUUCGUGGUUUCAGUAACUGUUACAAAAAGGAACCAUAAUAAGCCUAUGGAUGUCAGGUGUGUAAAAGUCGUCCUAACCUGAUACACAGUGGCUAAGUACGCAUCUUAAGUAAAAAAAAUAGUAAUAACAAAGAGUUAAUUGACUGUCACAAAUUAUUAAGAAUAUUGUUAUCAAAUCAAGACACUUAACUGCAGGAGUAAUAUUCAAGUUAACACGUUAGAAAAAUUAUUUAACCGUAAUAUUUAUUUACAGUGUAAUAUCCUUUGUUAGCACGUUGUGUUUUUUCAUUCUGGCUUAAAAAUGGUCAAUGUCUAUAAAUAAAUUGGGAGUCAAGGACCAAAGAAAUAAAAUAAGGAGUAGGGGGUGUUUAGCUCUUCUACAAAAUAAUUAGUUACUGGCUUACUGGGCUAUAUAAUCUCGCGGUUUGUGUUCUGUGUAGCCAAAGGUCACUCGUUUAGGUGCGUGUGAUCUUUAGUCCAGCUUACUAAUUGGGAUGUUCAAGUAACUCGGCACACUUGAAAAGGUGUGGCCUCUAGCCCAACCAUGUGAUUAAGAUUUUUCUCCAAAUAAGCAAACUUUUGUCCGGAUACCCGUGUAGAUGUUUGGCUUGAAGUCCAGCCCCC